AUGACCUUUUCGCGGCGCAUAACUUGGACCUGGCUGGCCCAGGUCCAGGAAACACGCCAUUCUCUUGUCCCGUUUCUCUAUCAAACCCGCACACUCACCACCUCGCCGCGCUUCUUGCGACUCCAGUCCCAACCCUAUUCGCAAUAUUCACCCUUUGAGUCCGCAAAGGCCGGGGCAGAAAAUGACAGCUCAUCCGGACCAACUCAUGAGAACAACUUUAACUUGCCGAGCGAGCCUGUUCCAGCUAUUCGAACCAGUUUUAUCAAAAAGAAAGCAGCCUCUGUGGCCGCGCGUAGAAAAGCUCACAAAGGACUGGCAGCGGAUCCGACGAACAAGUCAGUGGAGCAAUAUCUAAGGCCUGUUGUGAAAGUCGACCCGCUUGCGACGACGAUCGAACCUAAGAUGACCACUGACGAGACACGAACGUUGGCAUCCCUCUUUCAGCAGCUGGAAGAGGAUACAGGUGUGGAUGCAAAGUCGGUUAUGGAAGGAGACUACUUGGAUUACGAUGGGGUGUCGAUGGCGGAUCGGAAUCCCAUGCAAGAAAUCUAUUCAAUUUUCGAUGCCGCCAUGCAAGAUGCAAAUAUGCGGCUGAACAACUCGGGCGUCUCAGAGGGUCCGACGUCCGAGGCCGAGAUACAUUCAGAGACGGAAAUCAUGGAUGCUGUGGAGCCCGGAAAUACUUCUAGCUCUUUACAUUCUGACAGCGAGGGGUUUGAGCGGCCCGGGGUGUCCAAAGAGUAUAAGGAGUUUGAGAAAUUCGAGGGCUUCGAGGAUUCCGGAGGGCUCGAGGUAGAGGCACCUUCCCGCAGAAAGGGUAAAGGCAAAGUUAACCUCAAGUUGCUCAAAGAGACUAUCAACCGGGAAGGGUUGAAGAUUGAGUCGGCCCUCUGUCGCGCGGCUGAGGAUAAGCAACAGGGAGAAAUUCGAAUUUGGAAGAUAUGCAAGGAGAGUAUAUUCUCAAUGAUACAACACCUUGUACCAGAUGGGAAGCGGGAGGCCACCUCGUCUAUGCUUGAUGAGCUCGAGUUUCCCGGUAGACGCGAGCUCGGUGAUCAAUCCAAAACUGACACCACUCCCAUCCUGGAUGUCCCACCGUUUAUCCCCAUCGAGGCUGUCGUCACUGAGCUCUAUCCCAGGAUGCUCCUCUCGACAUUCCGCCUCUUGAACCUCCACUUCCCCCAAUCUUUGUUGAUUGCGCAGUUCCGGUCCACCAUUAACUCUCUCGGUCGCGAGUCUGCUGUACUUGGUAGCUCCAUGGAGCUGUACAACGAGUUGAUUUACUUCUACUGGCGUGGUCGCCACGAUAUUCCUGAGGUGCUGUCCGUCUUGCGCGAGAUGGAAGUGCUGGGGCUCUCCCCAAACAAGCUUACCCUGCUUCUCCUUAAAUCGAUCUCGGCGCAGCGAAAGAAAGAUUUGGAAUCGCUGAAACUAUCUGAUGCUGGUCGAUUGUGGUGGGACCUACCGCAAAUCCGCAAAGCCAUGCGCGACUUGGAUGGAGAUGGUGGCUGGAUUGAACAGGUGAGAGAGCAGCUGGAAUUCCAGACCCGCCGCGAGAGAGAACGAUCCCGAACGCUAUGGGGGCAGGUAUAA